UCGGCCAUUUGCCUUAUUUCUCUCCCAAAAGUAAUAAGAGUGUAUUGUCCUUCGAAUUUUGAAUUUUCACUUUACCAAUAAUUCUCAUCGCAUGUCAGAAAUUUAAAGAUCAUGGAUUGCUGCGACAACCCAAUGGCAAUGGGUCGGGUGUUUUGCCCUAAGCCUCGUAGGGUCGUGCCCCCCAAUACCAACAAGGCCGUGCUCCCUUUGAGAUUUCACAUACGUAAUGACGUCAUUGCGUUUGAUUCGAAACCUGGGGUUGAGUUUCUUGAGUUUAUCAUUCGUGAGGAUGGCUUUGAAGAAGAACCAUGUGCAACUGUAUCAUCAUCUCCCCCAUUUUUUAUUGGAUCUCCACCAUGCAGAAUUGGGAAUCCUUUGGUUCAAGAUGCCCAUUUCAGGGUCGAAAAGCUUACCACCACAGUUUCAUCUCCUUCUGAUUCAGAUUUAGUACCAUCAGCUCAUUCCAGAGUAAAGCUUGAGAACAAACAAGCAGCUUUAAGAGUUGAAGGUUUUGAUUCCCCAAGUUCCGGGGUCGUUGCCUUGGUAUAGCGCUCGUUAACAGCACAUAUGAAAUAGCUUUCGUCUUCAAGCCUACACAAAAAAGACACAAAAAGGGGCGGAAAAGACCUGAGAUCUUGCAGAUAAUUUAUAGCUUAUAUUGUAAAUAGAUGAAUUUUGAUGAAUAAUCCAUUUUCAGCAUGACUGACCAAAGGAAGUAUGCUGGGAAAUUUUGAUCGUUUAGAAGUUGAUGAGUUAAUACAAUUUGUGAAGAGUUUUGAGUU